ACUUUUGGCAUUGAAGACGCCAAUCGACAGGCAAUACCAUGAUGUACUUCUUCCCGCUCAAGGCUGUGCCGGCACGCAAGCCCAGGACCUCCAAGCUAUCGACGACGGCGGCCACGGGUGCAUGGUCGCCGGCCGAGCACAAGCGCUUCCUCGUCGCCUUGGAGAAGUACCCGAGUGGCCCGUGGAAGACGAUCGCAGCGCACGUCGGCACGCGCACGCCGCGCCAGGCGCAGACACAUGCACAAAAGUACCGCGAGAAGCUCGUGCGCAAGCUGCGGUGCCCGUCUAACAACGGCAACGGCUGUAUGAUGCGCCUCGUCAAGGACGAGAUGGCAAGUCUGCCCGACGAUGAUCCCAUGGAACUGGAGGCGCUCACGCCCCUCAAGCUCGAAGCGAGUGCCGACUUGCGGCCGUUGGCUAGUGGCACGGACGACACGCCGUCGCUGACGUUUGAAGACUGCCUCGACUUUUUUAUCCGCGAAAUGGACGCAUGACACCGACACCAUUGUGUCAUCGUUGGAUGUCACUACGUCAUAUACUACCAUAUUUACGAGAAGCGAAAACAAUUGAGUCUAUAAACGUUUUAUAAACUAGUCUUAGAGUG